AUGAGACUACUCCGUCAAAUUACAAGUCUCAAUGUGUUGGCAUUAUGCUUGGCACUAAACUCAACAGCCCUAUUUAAUGCUGCCAUUGAUUCUCUCCGACACCUCCCGCACAAGUAUCAUGCUCUUACCCCAAUUUACACAUCAGAGAACAUAGACGAAGGUAUUUGGAUACCCGAGUACGAUCUACACACACAAAACUAUAAAACAAAUCAUGUAUAUAAACCGAUUCCUGAAGCUUCAGCUGGGAUUUCCUUGCUCGAACAGGCGGUUGAAGCUGGAUCUUCAGACGCUGCCGCUGCAUUAGGCGACAUUUACACCUUUGGCAAUUUCCUGGUGCCCACGAACUACACCAAAGCACUACUGUACUACCACAAAGCGAUUGCUACGAAAGCAAAUGGUCAUGCGUACUUCAUGUUGGGUUACAUGUACUCAACGGGGAUGUUUGGCGAAAUUCCGCAAAACAAACAGAAAGCAGCCGUGUAUUAUGAAUUUGCUGCGAAGAACGAUGACCUCAAUGCCAUUCUAGUCCUUGCAAAUAAUUUCUAUCAUGGAAUUGGCCGCGCAGCUGACUGUGGCGUGUCAAAGUUCUACUAUGCCACAGCUGCUCGCAAGACAAUGUCAGUCCUUUCACAGCUUGCGCCCGAAACAAUAAACGAGUUUCUUACAUACAACAUUGCUUUACCUGACUACAAUGGAGGUAUUUAUGGAAGAAGAGUGAGCGAGUCGCCAUCAUCGACAACCAAUAAGGUGAGCAAUUUUUUGGCUUUAAGAGAGUCAAUACGGGACCUGAAUUUUGAAUCACAGGAUUCCAACCUUAUAGACUACUAUUUCAAUGCCUAUGAAAACUAUCAUGGUGGCCAUUUCAAGGAUAGGAAUUACACGGAAGCAUAUGUCAAUUCGAUCAUGUGCGUCGUGCAAGGUGAUGAAAAAUUCGGUGGUGCCUAUUUUGAACUUGCAACCGAUAUUGACAAAUACUUUUUAAGCAAAUGUCACGGCUUAUUGAGCAAAUUGUAUCUCAACGGUCACGGUGUGCAAAGAAAUUUGACCAGGGCUUAUGCCUGGCUCCGUAGCGCUCAAAAGAUUUAUAAUGAGCCAGAAACUCUAUUGACAUUUGCUCAAUUCCACAACCUUGAUCCUAGCUACACGGGAGGAUUCACAGAUAAGGGCUUGCGAUAUUUGCGAGAUGCGGCAUCGAACAAUAGUGCUCGAGCUGCUUUCAUUCUUUCUAAAUCAGGAAUUGCCCCAAAGCACCCUUUGCAAACUACUUACACCAAGAGCAACUAUGAUCUAGUUAAGUUUGCCGCAAAGAAAGAUAUCCUCGAAGCACUCUUUUAUUUUGCGGAUGCGGUAGAAUCGGGAUUUGGGGCCUCUGUUGGCGACAAAUAUGAGUGCGAACAUGUGGUGGGCUUUUACAAGGAGUUUGUUGAAAGAUCAGAGAAGAUUGUGUUGCCUCAUAUUAAAUAUGCUUUCGAAGAAUUCCGAUAUGGAAAUUUCAAGAAUUCUUUGUUGGGUUUUCUGAUCGCAGCAGAGCAAGGCUUAAUUAAUUCUCAGAUUUCUGCGGCAUAUCUCCUACAACAAUUGGAACCACUUUUUCCUUUCAAAAAGAAAAUUCAGCAUGGAAGUCGAAUUCGGUCAGCCAUCGCAUACCUUGAGCUUGCAUCCGCUCAAGAUCACCUUGAUGCUACAGUCCUUCUCGGAGAUUUUUACUCAACCGGAUUUAAUUCAGCAAAUAUCUCGGCCGACUUUACUCAAGCUUUUGCAUAUUACAGUAAAGCAGCUCUGUCCGCCUCUAGCCAUGGGUGCUACAAACUAGGGUAUAUGUAUGAGUAUGGGCUUGGUUCGCCAAACAACACCAAAGAUUAUUUCAUGGCCAAAAGAUACUAUGACUUGUCACGAAAAUACACUAAGGACAGAGAUCUCUCUCAGCUUUCACAAAUCAAAGCCAGUACAUUUCCAGUUACCUUGGCUUUAUUGAGGCUCAGAUUCAAAAUGCUAUUCAACGGUAGUUCGAAUGAGAGAGAAUUGGAUUCCACUGGCUGGUUCAGUACUUUUGAAAAGCUCAGAAAAAGCAAGGAGGUUGAAAAACACGAAAACACUGCUCAAGCUAAGUCCGAAGCACACCUGGAGGGCGGGAAUUACGACGGUGAUGACGAGUAUGAAACUUUCGACUACAUUGUGCUAAUAUUCACUAUUGCAUUUUUCGUAUACAUGGCCCUUGAAAACGUUCGGGGACAUUUUAGAAGAAUGGAUCGGAGGCGUGAAGCACCUGGAAAUCAGAAUGUAAAUGCAGAGGCCAACAAUAGAUUUGGUGUUCAGUUUUUCUUUGCGAUUUGA